UGCGGGAGAACACUAAUCAGAUGAUUAUGUCUGAAAGGGUUUUUUUUUUCCCAGCGGGGACUUAAUUCAGUUCGUUAUCAGGUUGUAUGUCUUGGUGAAUAUAGAUGUAACUUCAGUGUGUGUCAAUGCAGUACGUAACGUGAUGUGUAGCUGCAGACCUGUGUGUGGGGGGGGGGGGGGGGGCAUUGUGUCAACGCUUACGUCACCGGGCACCUCAGAAUACAAAAAACUAGGGUUUCAAACAUGACAUUUUCUCACCCCAGAUGUUCCCUCCACUAUUGAUUUCUGCUCGCGUGCAUGCGCCCAGUUUUAAUGCGCGCGGGUUUUGCGCCUGAUUGAGCGCCGCGUAGUUGCGGCCCAUUAGGAGCUAAUUGUGCGGCGUCUGUACUCGAUCCCACUCAGCAUUAGUUUGUCUUUAUUUUCUCUCGGGUUGCUGAAUUCGAGCCACAGUUUCCUCGCCACCGUCCAGUUUCUCCGCACCGCAUCCCAGCGCGCAGGACAAGACCGCGAACCGAUUCAGCCGAUGACUCUGAACUCCUCCGACAGCCGGACCGUCUCCGCCUUCACCUCCAAACUGAGCACAUCUGCUGACAUCUGGGUGGGACUCGCCAUCCUCUCCGUGGUUGUCCUCUCCGUCCUGGGCAACGGGCUGGUUCUGGUGAUCUGCUACCGCAGGAGGAAGAAGAUGGUGGGCUCGGAGCUGCUGUGCGUCAACCUGGCCGUGGUCGACUUCCUCUGCUGCCUCUGCUUCUACCCGCUGUCCAUCGCGUCCUCCUUCCGCCACGCGUGGCUGGGAGGAAACGUCACGUGCGUCUACUACGGCCUCGGCUGCUACGUCUUUGGCCUGUGCGGCAUGUUCACCAUCGCCGCCAUCAGCGUCGUCCGCUACCUGAAGACCUGCCGCGGCCUGCUGUACGGCGUGUGGUUGGAGGGCGCGAACAUCCAAAUGGCGUGCUGCGCCCUCUGGCUGGUGGCUGCCGUGUGGUCCAGCUUCCCUCUGGUCGGCUGGGGCGAGUACGUCCCCGAGCCUUACGGACUGUCCUGCACCAUCGCCUGGAGGGCUUACCACACCUCGGCCAAGGACGCCGUCUACGUCAUCUGCUCCUUCGCCUGCUUCACGAUGGUGCCCGUCCUCCUUAUCGUGGUGUCCCAGUGUCGGAUCCUCCACGAGGUGUCCCGCUUCUCCAACUCGCUGUCUGCCAGAGGCAUCCGCAACAACCUGAAACACGCCGAAAAGCGGCUCUCCGUGAUGUUUUUCUGGAUCAGCGUGGGUUUUGUGACGGCCUGGGCGCCGUACGCGGUGGUGUCCUUCCUCUUCAUUUUCCACAAGGAGCACCUGUACAUGGCUCCUCAGGGCUUCGUGUUCCCCGCCCUCUUCGCCAAAAGCUCCCACGUCUACAACCCUUUCAUCUACUUCUACUUCAACAAGACCUUCCGGCGGGAGCUCCGCCGCCUGCUCCUGUCCUUGUGGCUGGCUUGUGUGCUGGGAGGGAAUCGAGUGCGCGUUCACACCCCUGCGGAGCUCCAGUAUCCCAUCCACAUCCAGCUGCAGGAAAGGGCCGUCGUCCAGAAGGCGACCUUCGGUCUGUCUCAGGGCCGAACUCGCAGCAAGGGAAGGAGGAAAGGCAACGCGGCGCAGAGCGACAGCGGCGGCGUCCUCGGCAGGCCGGUGUGCACCUGCUGGGGUUCGCCCUCGAAAAAAAGCCCCCGCCAUCUUGGACAGUAAAGUUUGGCCCCCGUGGCCGCCUCUACGUGGAAGCUCCUUCACUGUUUACGGAAGGCCCUGAACUGCUCCAGCGACGAGACACGAGUCAAAGUUUGUAUCUGCUAAACAUCCUUUAUUCUGAUGAAUCAUAUAUUCCCCAAGGGUGAAAGUUGGUAGCUUCUUUUAACAACCCUCCUGUGGUUUCAGUGUUCAGUGUUAUACAUUCACUUUGAACAUGAAAACUAACAGAACCAACUGUAAUCACUCGUUAAAUCCAAAUAUAAUGUGGUCAUUUAUUGUAUAAGGCAAACGUUGCAUUCAGUUAUUAGCCUGCCCCGAAAAUGUGCUGUGCCUUCUGAGUUCAUGUAAUAAUAAUGUUUCGAAAUAUUGAUCAGUUCACGUAGUUCAAUUUGAACUUGAACACCCUCUCAAAGUUGCCUGUUCCCAUAGCAACUUAAAACAUUGCCAUUUGUGCCCAUUUCUUUCCAUUUGCUUUUUUUUUCUUUUCAUAUCAGCAUUGCAGCCUGAAACAUGUUUUUUCAUACAGUAUAUUCAAUUACUGUUAGAACUUUCUGCUCAGUCUACCUCAAAUACUUUCCCUAGUAAUUUCCCCUCCAAUAGAUUGUGUUAGUGUUGCUUCUAUGUUUUAUCUGUAAUGUUUUGUAAACUGGUGGUUUUGUUGUUCAGUCGCUACCUCUAAGAGGUCUGCAAAUACAUCUCGCAGAAUAAGCAUUCACUUGUGAUUUUUCCCCUCUGUGACACUUGAUAUGCUUACCCAUGUUUCUUCUGAUGUUGAAAUCACAUCACAAAAAUAUACUUCUAUAAUGCAAGGAAGAGAAACAAAGAAACAAAGGAUACAUAGAAAAUGUAUUUAAAAACCGCAGAAUGAUAUCAAAUCCAUUACAACUGAAUGAUUGUAUACUGAAUACGGUGGGUAAAAUAAGUAUUUAACACGUGACCAUUUUUUCUCAGUAAAUAUAUUACUAAAGGUAUUAUUGAAAUAAAACUUUCACCAGAAAAUAACAAA